AUGACCGAAGAUGAUCAACAAAAUAUACAACGACAAGAACAAACUUCUCCACCAUCACUACCACACCGACAUGAUUAUCGUCUACCUUCGAUCAGUAUUCCACAUGGUUCUGAGAAUGGUGAAGAUGUACUAGGAAUCAGUGCAUUUAGAGUUGGUGUUAAUUUAGAUUCAGAAGAAAAACAUAGAAUGUCUUUAACUGAUGAACAAAUAAAUCUACUUUUAAUGGAUAGUAGUAUUGGUUUAUCAACAAGACAAUCUUUAUUUUCAUCAAUGACAAAUACAACUACACCGUUAUCACCAUUAACAACAUCUAAUCGAAAUCAACCUGUAAUAACACCUUCUGGACCUAGUGAAGUAAAUAAUCAAAUUGAAUAUCAACAAAAACGAUCAUCGCCAAAUAUCAAUGGUACAGUAGGCGAAGAUGAUGAUGUCACGCCUUCGGAACCAUCAACACAAACAGAUUUUGGAAAGAAAGCUCUGAUGGCAAGAAAUUAUCAUACAUUGAAAUUUAUGGCUCUUUGUCUUGCUUUUAUAAUUAAUUUUCUUAUGUUAUUUUAUAAGGCAAUACCAUUAACUACAACAGUUAGUGAAUCAGUUUCUUCUGAUGAUACAGAACAAUUUGAUGAAGAUGACAAUGAAAUAAUAGUUCCAUUAGUUAUAUUUAAACGAGAAAAAGAAAUAGCUCGAAAAUUAGAAUUUGAAAGUGCUUGGUUAAUUGAUCAACCAAGUGAAAAUAAUUCUUGGAUAUUAUCAUAUUUAUCACGUGAAUGGUAUAAACUUGUUAUAAGUUCAAAAUCAUUUCCUGAUUCUUAUUGGAAUAAAUUUGUUAAGAAAAAAGUUCGAAAUAAAUAUGCAGAUCAAUUUGAUUAUGAUGAAUUAAGUCGAUUUUUGGGUAUGGAAAAAAAUGAUACACCAGGAAAAUUUGAAAUUAUUAAACCAAUCGAAACUGGCUUAUGGACAAAGAUUAAAUCUAUUGAUAUGCAUUAUCUAAUUUGGAAAUGA